AUGCCCACUCCUGGGCUCAUGGCCACAGCAGCGGGCAUGCUGGAUGGCAAGAAGGUCUUUUCCCCCAGCCCCCGGGCCCAGGGACCAUUGAUAGAGUAUGGAGUAGGGAUGCAGAGGUGUUCCAGAAGGUACAGCAGACUAGGGUCCCCCAACUCUUCUCCUGAGUCCUCACUUCUCACUGGCACACCUAUUGAAAAGAACACUUCCGGCCAGCGAGGACGUAGUCCCAACUUGUUUCAUCGGCCCCCUGCUCUUGCGUUCCGAUUUGCCACGCUAAUACUGGGAGGCGGGCUUGCGUCGUGGUUUCGCUCUCCCCAUUGGCUGCUGGUGCAGCAGCGGUUUAGAGUGAGGGUGGCACGUUGGGCUGCGAGCUGUGUGGAGUGCCGUGGCACGAGCUGCAUCGAGCCCAGUGUCUGGUGGGAAUCCGGGGCCGGGCAAUUUCUGGGUCCCCGGGUGAUGGAUCGCGUGUGGAGUGCGUGGUGCGGGAAGUGCGUCCAAGAGAGAGGGACGUCGCCACUCUGGGCCCAGCGUAUCGUGGUCGCCUGGCUCAGUAAGGCCGAGUGGGAUCAGGUGACGGUGUAUCUGUUCUCUGACGACCAUAAAUUGCAGCGGUACGCGCUGAACCGCAUCACCGUGUGGAGGAGCAGGUUAGGCAACGAACUCCCCCUGGCAGUGGCUUCUACUGCUGACCUGGUACGCUGUAAGCUCAUGGAUGUAACUGGUGGCUUGGGCACUGAUGAACUUAGACUGCUCUAUGGCAUGGCAUUGGUCAGGUUUGUGAAUCUUAUCUCGGAAAGGAAAACGAAGUUUGUCAAGCUCCCCCUCAAGUUCCUGGCUCAGGAGGUGAACAUUCCGGAUUGGAUUGUUGAACUUCGCCAUGAGUUGACCCAUAAGAAAAUGCCCCAUAUAAAUGACUGCCGCAGAGGCUGCUACUUUGUCCUGGAUUGGCUCCAGAAGACGUACUGGUGCCGCCAACUGGAGAACAGCCUGAGAGAGACCUGGGAGUUGGAGGAGGACAGGGAAGAGACAGAUGAAGAGGACCAAGAGGAUGAUAAAAACAUUGUUGUUGAGGAUGUCACAGAACAGAGACCAGAGCCUAAGGAUGAGGCGAAAGGUGCAGAGCUGGAUGUCAGGGCUGAUGGAGACAGCGAAGGAAACAAAGAGGUUGAUUCGCAUUGGGAAAAGACUCUGAGACAUAAAGAGCUAUAUGAAAGAGCCCGGGAACUGCUGGUAUCAUAUGAAGAGGAGCAGUUUAAGGUACUGGAGAAAUUUAGGCAUUUACCUCAGGCCAUUAAGGCAUGGAAUAACCUGUCCCCACCUGUAGAAUGCAUCCUGGCUGAGCUCAAGGGCAUCACAUGGGAGAACAGGGAGGCUGUGCUGGAUGCUUUUUUGGAUGACGGCUUUCUCAUCCCCACAUUUGAGCAGUUGGCAGCUUUACAGAUAGACUAUGAAGAUGGGCAGACUGAGGUCCAGAGAGGGGAAGGUACUGACCCAAAGUCACACAAAAAUGUGGACUUGAAUGACAUCCUGGUGCCAAAGCCAUUCUCUCAAUUCUGGCAGCCCCUGCUCAGGGGCCUGCACUCCCAGACCUUCACGCAGGCCCUGCUGGAGAGGAUGCUCUCUGAGCUGCCAGCCUUGGGGGACAGCGGGAUCCGGCCCACCUACAUCCUCAGAUGGACCCUUGAACUGAUCGUGGCUAACACCAAGACUGGUCGGAAUGCCCGCCGAUUUUCUGCAAGCCAGUGGGAAGCGAGAAGGAGCUGGAGGCUAUUCAACUGCUCUGCCUCCCUUGACUGGCCCCGGGUGGUUGAGUCCUGCUUGGGCUCACCUUGCUGGGCCAGCCCCCAACUCCUUCAGCUCGUCUUCAAAGCCAUGGGGCAGGUCUUGCCAGAUGGGGAGCAGGAGAAGCUGCUGCGUAUCUGUUCCAUUUAUAACCAGAGUGGAGAAAACAGCCUGGUGCAGGAGGGCUCAGAGGCCUCCCCGAUUGGGAAGUCUCCAUACACACUGGACAACCUGUAUUGGAGCCUCAAACCAGAUGGUGCCAGCUCUGGGCCUGAAGGUGAAGCCCAGCAGCAGGAGGAGCAGGGCAGCCUUAAUGAUGUUAAGAAAGCUGAGGAGAAGGAGAAAGAGGUCUUGGAAGACCAGGUGGAGGAGGAGGAAGAGGAAAAUGAUGACCAAGAGAAGUGGAAGGAGGAGACGGAGGAUGAAGAAGAAGAAGAAGAAGAUGAUGAUGACGAUGACGACGAUGACGAUGAUGAUGACAUAGACGAUGAGGAAGACAGAAUGGAGGUGGGGCCUUUCUCUAUGGGGGAGGAGUCCCCCACUGCUGAGAAUGCUAGGCUCCUGGCCCAGAAAAGAGGAGCUUUGCAGGGCUCUGCAUGGCAAGUUAGCUCAGAAGAUGUGCGAUGGGACAUCUUCCCCUUAGGCCGAAUGCCAGGUCAGACCGAGGACCCAGCAGAGCUUAUGCUGGAGAAUUAUGACACCAUGUAUCUUUUGGACCAGCCUGUGCUAGAGCAGCGGCUGGAACCCCCAACAUGCAAGACUGGCACCCUGGGCCUGAGCUGUGGCAUUGGCAGUGGCAACUGCAGCAACGGCAGCAGCAACUUGGAGGGCCUUCUCUGGAGCCAGGGCCAGCUGCAUGGGCUCAAAACUGGCCUGCAGCUCUUCUGAUGCCCACCUUGGUGCAAGUGUUCAUCCAGCCCUGCUGGGGCAACAGCCUUCCCCCUAAACCUCCCACCCCCGAUGCUCAAUGAAACAACCUGGGAGACAGCCUGCAUCAACUCAGCUUUCUACCACAGAGGAAUUUUUAAUGUUUUAGAUUUUGUUUUGUUUUGUUUUGUUUUGUUUUAUAAAACAAUAAACAGGAAACUGUUGUUUUAGUGUUUA